AUGCUUCUGUUCAUCGCUGCGCUAGAGAGAAUGCCAGUCUUUCGACCCGAGGAGGUACACGAAGCCACCGAGUACGAUUUAAGAUAUGUGACAGGUGGACACUGUCGUUUUCUCGGUUCUGAACGUGCGCACAUACACUCAGUUGGGAAAGCCGCUGGACAAUCAGCCUCUUCUCCUGGUGAUACCAGGCAUCUGUCUGUCGAGGAUGAGGACCCUAAUAAUGUUGCAGCAAACCGGGAACGCAUGGAUGAUUCCGAUUCGUGUUCAGAUGCUCGUGGCCUAGCAAGUCUGUCGGGUACACUGAAACGCCGUACAAAAUUGAGGAUUUAUCGGAGUGGAUGCGGUCGUCAUCUCAGUGAGCGGCCUGUUCUUGGACUCGAAGCGGCGUUAAUGCUAUUUUUAGCACAAGCAUCACGGCCCCUCGCCGAUUUCGUCCGCGACGACCCUGCUCAUUCCGAAGUCUGGAUUCGUAUUCGCACGCCCGGCAUGAGUUGCAGAGGAAGAGUAUCGAGACGACGUCAAGGCGAUAUGGUUGGGCCGCGCGUGUUUCCUCGUCAAGUUGCCGUCCGUCGCUUCCCUAUGGAGAGGCGCGCGGUGCCGUUCGACUCGCAUAAUCACUACGAUCAUUUAGACACGUACACCAUAACUACGCUCUUCAAACAGACUCGCCUGCCCCGCAUCUUCGUACCUCUAAGUAAAGAAAAGUACUUCGAGUUAAUAGGUUAUACCCAAAGGUAUUUCACCGGUCGGGGGCUGCUGUACCAGACGGUGGAGGUUGAAGGUAAGAAGGUGUAUUUCGCUGGUGAUACUGGGUAUAGGUCCGUCAAGGAUGGGGAGGAUGAGGAGGAGAGACCAACGUACCCCGUGUUCAAGGAUAUUGGGGAGCAUUUCGUUGGGCGUACAAAUCAAGGUGGUUCAUAUCGACUAUACAUUGCGCUCCACAAGAUAGCGUGCGCAUCUUCAAGGAUGUUAGGGCAACAAAGGGAUGUGGAUCUGACGAGCGAAGAGAUUACUGAGCCAGUGAAGAGAUUGGCCGUCGAGUGCAAGAAAGCCAGGAUAGAACAGGACAACUUUCUUGUCAGCGAUAUCGCCAGUUGCUGUUGCACCACCCUGACCGCCGGGCACAAAAUAUCGUUGAACGAUAGCCGUUCGCACUCUGUUCCUCACCCGUUCUUAAGAAUUGUUCGACGCGACUUGCUUAAAAUCGUUGAGGUGAAGCCUUGGGAAGCGAAAUUUUGCUUUCACGUAGGCGCAAAUGCAUGUAAAGCACCGGGCCACUGCCAAAUUAUUCCAGAAACAAUCCGAGGGUCUGCGGAGAGUGAACGUCUAAUAGCAGCACUGAUGUUACCACCUGCCGAAAAGGCUCGUGGAGAGCGAGGAGAAGACAGUAUGAGGUGGGCGCCCAAACCUGUGGCCGAACUGGAGGACGAACGGGAGGCAGAAUGGGAUAAGUGCGGCGCGUAUCUCCGGAUUUUCAUAACGCUUCGAAGCUGGCGCUGA